UGAUCCAGCUCUAUCGCAACAGGCCGGGCAAAUUUGUUGGACAAGCGACAAUUCUUUCAUUUUUUCUACCCCAGGUGAGCCUCUCGAAAGUGAGACUCUCAAACGAACUGGAUUCUGAACACAGAGGAGUCGCAUUUUCGAGGAAGCGGCGACCGACAGGCGUCUGAGAAACUGACCGCGCCACAACCAUCAUCUUGUACACGUUCCGCCUGGAAAACAGCCACAGCAGAAGUCAGCCAGUUGACUCUGGCAAGCAAAUCGUGUUCGGGCGGGAAGUGCAAGUGAGUAGUUGGAAGUUGGAAGUGAAGCGGCGCCGCGUCCACCCACGAUCCAUACCACGAUCCGCCUACAGAUCCGCACGCAGAACCGAACCACACAGUCACAACAAAAUUAACAACCUUGGGUGAGGAACAACAGGCGCCAUGAGCGUGGACACGUACGCGCCCAGCUCGGCGCUCUCGUUUUUGGACAUGGACGACAACGAGCUGCUGCCAGGAGCGGACACGCAGCCGACGCAGUACGACUACCGCGACUUCACCAUGCCCUCCACCUCGCAAAGCCAGACGCAGGGCGAUCAGCUGGAGCUCCACCCACGCCGCUCUGGCGGCGACACGCACUCGCAUUCGCAUCCCCGGUUGGCCAGCAUCACUCACGAUUUGGCUGAUUUGCAGUUUGAGGAGGAGGACGACGACGCCGGCAGCUCGUACGUAAAGGAGCUGCCCGCGCACGCGUGCAAAUACUGCGGCAUCCACGACCCUGCCACGGUGGUCAUGUGCAACAACUGCCGCAAGUGGUUCUGCAACGGACGCGGCAGCACUUCCGGCUCGCACAUCAUCAACCAUUUGGUGCGGGCGAAGCACCGCGAGGUGACCCUGCACGGCGAGGGGCCCCUGGGCGAGACCAUCCUCGAGUGCUACUCGUGCGGCGUCCGCAACGUCUUUGUGCUGGGUUUCAUCCCGGCCAAGGCCGACUCCGUGGUCGUGCUGCUCUGCCGGCAGCCGUGCGCCGCCCAGAACUCGCUGAAGGACAUGAACUGGGACCAGGAGCAGUGGAAGCCCCUGAUUGCCGACCGAUGCUUUCUGCCCUGGCUGGUGAAGCAGCCCAGCGAGCAGGGUCAGCUGCGGGCGCGCCAAAUCUCGGCCGCCCAGAUCAACAAGCUGGAGGAGCUGUGGAAGGACAAUAUCGAGGCCACGUUCCAGGAUCUGGAGAAGCCGGGCAUCGACUCCGAGCCGGCCCAGGUGCUGCUGCGCUACGAGGACGGCUACCAGUACGAGAAGACGUUCGGGCCGCUGGUUCGCCUCGAAGCCGACUACGACAAGAAGCUGAAGGAGUCCGCCACCCAGGAGAACAUCGAGGUGCGAUGGGACGUGGGCCUGAACAAGAAGACCAUCGCCUACUUCACGCUCGCCAAGACCGACUCGGACAUGAAGCUAAUGCACGGCGACGAGCUGCGCCUGCGCUACGUGGGCGAGCUGUUCAAUCCGUGGAACGAGAUCGGACACGUGAUCAAGGUGCCGGACAAUUUCGGCGACGACGUGGGCCUCGAGCUGAAGACCUCGUCAAACGCUCCCGUUAAGUGCACCAGCAACUUCUCGGUGGACUUCAUCUGGAAGUGCACCUCCUUUGACCGCAUGACGCGCGCCCUGCGCAACUUCGCCAUGGACCGCAACUCGGUGUCAAACUACAUCUACUCGCGCCUGCUGGGCCACGGCCGUCCAGAUGCCAACGACGAGGUGCUGUUCCGCGGUCCGCAGCCCAAGCUCUACAGCGCCCCGCAUCUGCCGGACCUAAAUCGCAGCCAGGUGUACGCGGUGAAGCACGCGCUCCAGCGUCCGCUCUCGCUGAUUCAGGGACCGCCCGGCACCGGAAAGACGGUGACCUCGGCCACCAUCGUGUACCAGCUGGUGAAGCAGCACGGCGGCACGGUGCUGGUGUGCGCGCCCAGCAACACGGCCGUGGACCAGCUGACGGAGAAGAUCCACCGCACCAACCUGAAGGUGGUGCGUGUGUGCGCCAAGAGCCGCGAGGCCAUCGACAGUCCCGUCAGCUUUCUGGCGCUGCACAACCAAAUCCGCAACAUGGAGACCAACUCGGAGCUGAAGAAGCUCCAGCAGCUGAAGGACGAGACCGGCGAGCUGAGCUCGGCGGACGAGAAGCGCUACCGCAGUCUGAAGCGCGGCACCGAGAACCAGCUGCUGGAGGCGGCCGACGUCAUCUGCUGCACUUGCGUGGGCGCCGGGGAUGGCCGGCUGUCGCGCAUCAAGUUCACCUCGAUCCUGAUCGAUGAGUCGAUGCAGUCGACGGAGCCCGAGUGCAUGGUGCCCGUGGUGCUGGGCGCCAAGCAGCUGAUCCUCGUGGGCGACCACUGCCAGCUGGGACCGGUGGUCAUGUGCAAGAAGGCGGCCCGUGCCGGCCUCUCGCAGAGUCUGUUCGAGCGCCUGGUGGUCUUGGGCAUCCGUCCGUUCCGUCUGGAGGUGCAGUAUCGCAUGCACCCCGAGCUGUCCCAGUUCCCGUCCAACUUCUUCUACGAGGGCUCGCUGCAGAACGGCGUCUGCGCGGAGGACCGCCGCCUUAAGCUGGACUUUCCGUGGCCGCAGCCAGAGCGACCAAUGUUCUUCCUGGUCACGCAGGGUCAGGAGGAGAUUGCCGGCUCCGGUACCUCCUUCCUCAACCGCACAGAGGCGGCCAACGUGGAGAAGAUCACGACGCGGUUCCUCAAGGCGGGCAUCAAGCCGGAACAAAUUGGAAUCAUCACGCCUUACGAGGGCCAGCGCGCGUACCUGGUGCAGUACAUGCAAUACCAGGGCAGCCUGCACUCGCGCCUCUACCAGGAGAUCGAAAUUGCCAGCGUGGACGCGUUCCAGGGCCGCGAGAAGGACAUCAUCAUCAUGUCGUGCGUGCGCUCCAACGAGCGCCAGGGCAUCGGCUUCCUCAACGACCCGCGGCGCCUAAACGUGGCCCUCACUCGGGCCAAGUACGGCAUCAUCAUCGUGGGCAACCCCAAGGUGCUGGCCAAGCAGCAGCUCUGGAACCACCUGCUCAACUUCUACAAGGACCGCAAGGUGCUCGUCGAGGGCUCGCUAAACAACCUAAAGGAGUCGCUCAUCCACUUCCAGAAGCCCAAGAAGCUCGUGAACAGCAUGAACAUCGGUGCGCACUUCAUGUCCACCAUGACGGCCGAUGCCAAGGAGGUGAUGGUGCCCGGCUCCAUUUACGACCGCAGCGGCGGAUACGGCCACAACCGCCAGAUGCCCGGUCAGACCAUGAACGGCGGCCAGUUCGGCGGCGGUGGCCCCUACGGCGGCGGCUCUCCCCUCGGCUACGGCGCCCCCAGCUCCAACGCUAUGAUGGGCUUUGGCCUGGGCACAGGCGGCGGCGGAGGUGCUGGUGCUGGUGGUGGUGCCGGUACCAACAACAACUUCGGUGGCGCCGGCGGUACGGGACCCAGCUGGGCGGCUGCACACCUGCACCACGACUCCAUUGGCUACAUAUCCAGCGAGCAUGGAGCGGCAGCCCUGGGCAACAUGCCGGUCCCCGUUGGCAUGUUCAUGAACAUGAGCAAUCUUCCGCCGCGGUUCUACAACCAGCACCAGCAGGCCAUCAUGGCGGCCAAGCAGAACCGGGCCAUGCAGCAGCAGCAGCAGUCCGGUCACUUCUCCUCUCCGGCCAAUUCGGGAGUGGGCGUGGGCGCUGGAGCCGGAGCUGGAGCUGGAUCAGGCUCUUUGGCCGGCAGUAACAGUAAGAAGUCUCAGAAGCCGGGAAAAUCGCGUGUCACGGCUGGCCAGGCUGGUGGAGCACCAGGAGCGGCAGGAGGAGGAGUACUUGGCGCCGCCACUCCGUUCAGCCAGCAGCCAGCGCCCAUGUCGCUGCAAAUGACGCAGCCCAGCGGAUUUGCUCUUUCUCAGCAGCCGGAGCUUUCCCAGGACUUUGGGCAAAUAUCACAGAUGGAUGGUUUGCUCUCCCAGGAUGUGGCCUUCAACGUGUCGGGCGAACGCAGUUUGAACCAGUUCUCACAGCCUUAUUGAGAAUCCGGCCGGAGGUGCACCAACUACAAACGAUUACAAGCAAAAGCAACCCAAACGAAACAACAACAAACUCAACUUUGAAGUCAUCAUCAAGGAGUAGCAUCAGUAGGCAGCAGGAACCAAGCAAAGAGGACGAUCACGGGAACAACGACACAUGCGGGAAACAGCGCGACCUAGAAACACGACUACGAGCGGGACAUUGAAGACAGUGAAAGAGACGGAGAUGAAGAUGGAGAUGGAGAUGGCGAGAUGAGGAGUGAGUUUUAGAGAAGGCGGAGGAAAUGUCGAGAGAUCGAGAGCAGAUCAGUGUAGGCUGCCAGGAAGCACUGCAGCCACUGGACCACACAGACAGGCAGAUGUUCCCGAAACGCCGCGGGCCAUGAGGUCAUGGCCAGGCGACUGGCCACUGACCAUUGACCACUGGCCACUGGCCACUGGUCACGAGUGCUCUCCAAAUGAGCCAACCUGCCAGCAAGGCGCCACACCAGAUGCCCUUGAAACGACGACGACGAUGGACAACUUCUCGAGACGUUUCUUUGUUUUGCCAACCAGGAUUCGCAGCCGGAGCCUACGGCGCAAACGCAAAACGCAACCACUCCCGCCCAUAACACGUAUUCACCAAGUGGCUUACCUUCUUACCUUCUAACAUCCUUCUGGCCUCCAGUGCAGCAGCCAAUCUUUUGCUCCUGUUCUAACCUUAUUCCCAAAAACGGUUAACUCACACCGACGAUCCCAUGCUCACCGUUGUACACUUCGUACAUUCUUGGACUCUUUCGAUUUCUGUAUGCAUUUGUUAUCCUAACAAACACAGAAAAUACAAAACACAACAAAACAACAAAAAAAAAACAACCAAAAAAAUCCAAAACGAAACAAAAUCCAAUUCAAAACUAUGGAUUCGCAAUUUUUAAUCGCACGGGAACGCUGGCGCCCCCAACGCGGAUGCAAAUUUCCAGCUCAGAUUGGAAAUCGGAUGAUUGAUUAGGAUUCGCGUUGCGAUCUUCCACCCUACAAAAAAAAACCCAUCUACACACAAUUAUAAACGUACCGAACCGACGUAAAAGAGGGCCAUGAUCAGAAAAAAGGUUAAUAUUAGUUAAUAUUAACGCAGUUACAGAUGCCUGUUAAUUGUUUUUAAAACGAUAUGAAAAUUGUAUAUUUUUUCUAUAUAUUGUGAGUUAAUUCUUCCCCACGCGACUCUUUGAUUCAAGAAAAUGAAACAUUUUUUUUGGAAAUUCUAAAUAAAGAAUUUAAGUUUUCCCUUGCGAAAAACAAA